UGAGUGGACACACUGACCCUGUUGUCUGGCCCUCAGCUGGUGGCGAGGCCGCAGCAGUUCGAUGUGAUGGUGAUGCCCAACCUGUACGGCAACGUGGUGAGCAACGUCUGUGCUGGACUGGUCGGGGGUCCGGGCCUUGCCCCCGGCGCCAACUACGGCAAGGACUAUGCUGUCUUCGAGACGGGCACCAGGAAUACAGGCAAGAGUAUCGCCAACAAGAACAUCGCGAAUCCGACCGCCAUGCUACUGGCCAGCUGCCUCAUGCUUGACCACCUUGGACUCCACAGUUUUGCCAGUUUGAUCCGGAACGCAGUCAUGGUGACCAUGAACGAGCAUCGGCUCCACACUCCAGAUAUCGGUGGGAUGGGGACCACAGUGCAGGUGGUACAAGCCAUCUGCCAGAUCAUCAAGAAUGAAAGUGGCAAACCUACAUUCACAUAAUGGCUUGGAAUGGGGUCAUCCAUGCAUGCUGAAUGUCCGCUGAUCCUCACCGUGACACAACAACCUCUUCCCUCCGGACCUCAACUGAAGUCGUGCCAGUGUUGCCGGGUAGCGGGGGUGUGGGAGAGGUUCAGGCCCGGAUGGUGGUGAGGGAAGGGGAAAUGGGGUGGGGAUGGUUAAUGACAACACCGUGCAGUGACUUUUGGCUCAGGGUUUGGACCUGCACCCUCUCCCUAGCACAGUGGUCCCAUCCCAGGACAACACUGGUGUUCCCUAUCCCAUCUCAUAGACCACCCUGUCAGUACAGCACUCCUUGAGGCUCAUCUCUGCCAAGCUCUCUCCCCCUCCUCUCUCUCUCUCUCUCUCUCUCCCCAAUCUCUCCCCUUUCAACCCAUCUCUAUCUCCCCCGUCCCUCCUCCCCCUCUCCUCCUUCUACCCCUCCUUCACUCUUCCCCCACCUCCUGCCCUGCGUCCGCUACCUCCCUGCCUCAGAUGAUUCUCUCCCACCCUCAGCUCGCAUGUCUGCACCCCGUGUGUGAAGAAUUAUCGUCAGUGCUCUGUAAUUGAUGUUCCUGCGGCUUCUUGUGGAAUAAAGGUCAGGCCUCACAUAGAGAGUGGGACUUGCAGAUAUUUAUCCUCAA